GCAAAGAUUAUUGAAUGCAAGAAUAUGAAUGGCCAAAUGGUUAUACCCAUUUUCUACCAUGUAAAUCCAUCAGAUGUGCGGAAGCAAACCGGAAAUUUUGAGAAUGCUUUUGUCAAACACGAAAAAUGUUUCAAGGAGUUGACGAAAAAAAUUCAGAGGUGGAAGGAUGCUUUGACUGAAGCAUCUAAUCUAUCCGGAUGGGAUUCAAUGGUGAUUAGGCCUGAUUCCAAACUAGUAGAGGAAACUGUCAAAGAUGUUUUGAAGAAAUUGAAUUAUAGAUCGCCCUCAAGUCAUUGGAAAGAUCUGGUGGGAAUAGAUUCACACAUCGAGGAAGUUGUAUCAUUAUUAUGCAUUGGGAAAUUAGAUUUUCGAGUUGUAGGAAUUUGGGGAAUGGGCGGUAUAGGUAAGACAACCAUUGUCGAAGCUGUUUUUAGAGAAAUUUCUAGUCAUUUUGAAGGUUGCUCUUUCAUUGCAAAUGUUGGCGAAGAAUCAGAAAAAUGUGGUGGACUAGUUCAAUUACGAGAACAAAUUCUUUCUUCAAUUUUAGAAGAAGAAAAUCUUCAGAUUGGCAUCGCCUAUAAUAUACCUCAAUUUAUGAAGCACAUAAUUCAAUGCAAAAAGGUUUUCAUUAUUCUUGAUGAAGUUAAUGAUAUUGAGCAUUUAGCAGUUUUAACCAGAGGGCUUGAUGGAUUUGGUCUAGGCAGUAGAGUCAUUAUAACCACUAGAGACAAACAAGUGCUUCGUAAUUAUGGAGUUGAACACAUAUAUGAAGUCAAGGGAUAUUAUGACUAUGAAGCUCUUCAAAUCUUCUCUAAUUGUGCAUUGAAACAAAACCGUCCCCUUGAAGAUUUUAGGGUGCUCUCAAAGGAGAUAAUUGAUUAUUGCAAGAGCAAUCCAUUAGCUCUUAAAGUGUUGGGCUCCUCACUAUAUCGAAGGAGUAAACGAGAUUGGCAAAGUGCUUUGGGUAAAUUGAAAAGAAUUUCUAAUCCAAAAAUUCACAAUGUGUUGAAAAUCAGCUAUGAUGGACUAGAUGAUGAAGAAAAAAACAUAUUUCUAGAAAUUGCUUGUUUUAUUAAAAGGUGGGACAUCAAUUAUGUAAUAGAUAUACUAAGCAGGUAUUACACAUCUCCAUAUUUUGGACUAAAUGUUCUCCUUGAUAAGUCACUUGUAACAAAAUCACGCAACCUAUUAGACAUGCAUGAUUUACUUCAAGAAAUGGGUUGGGAAAUUGUACACCAAGAAUCGUUGAAAGAGCCUGGCAACCGUAGUAGGUUAUGGUAUCACGAGGAUGUCUUCCAUGUACUGAAGAACAAUACAGGAACCCAUACGGUCGAAGGAAUGUGCUUAGAUAUGAAUAAAAUCAGAGAUGUGAAUCUAAGUUCCAGAGCUUUUGCAAAUAUGCAUAAUCUUAGAUUUCUUAAAUUCUACACCUCUCGACUUUCUGAAGAGCUCGUAAAUAUAUCUAAAGUGCAUCUUCCGGAAGAACUAGAUUAUCUUUCUGAAGAGUUGACGUAUCUCCGAUGGGAUGGAUAUCCUUUCAAAACUUUGCCGUCAAAUUUUAAUCCAACAAACCUUCAUGAACUUCACUUGCCUUAUAGCAAUCUUGAGCAACUCUGGGAAGGAACCACGCAUGCCUUCAAGUUAGAGUUGAUAGAUCUUCAUCACUCCCAACGCCUAAUAGGGAUCCCAGAUCUCUUAGACGCCCCAUUGCUUGAGAUUAUAAAUCUUGAAUGUUGCAAAAGCUUGCUUGAUGUUCCUUCAUCUAUCCAAUAUCUCGACAAUCUUCAUGUGAAAAUUUCAGGGGAUCGUAUAGAAAAAUUAGAUUUCUCUGGAUCUGCAAUAGAAGAAGUUCCGUCAUCUAUCCAGUAUAUCAAAAGCCAACGCGUUGUAAUAUUGAGGGAGUGUAAAAAUCUUAAGACUAUUGAAAGCAACAUUCACUUCGAAUCUCAUGUAAAUCUUAAUCUCUCCUACUGCAUUAAUCUCACAAAGUUCCCACAAAUUUCUGGAAAUGUGGUGGAUUUAGAUUUGUUUGGAACUGCAAUAAAAGAGAUUCCCUCAUCGGUCGAUUGUCUAACUGAGCUCCAUGCAUUAUAUCUAAGAGAUUGUACAAGGCUCAAGAGUAUUUCAAGUAGCAUUUGCAAAUUGAAAUCUCUUUCCGAACUAGAUCUAAGUGGCUGUAGAAAACUACAGAGUUUCCCGGAAAUCCUUGAGAAAAUGGAACAUUUAGAAUAUCUUUCUUUAUGUAGAGCUACAGUAAUUAUUGAGCUGCCAUCUUCGAUUGAAGGUUUAAAUGGGCUUCGUCGGUUGAGAAUGCGAGAUUGCAAAAAUCUUGAGACAAUUCCAAGUAGCAUUUGCAAUUUGACAUCUCUAAUUGAGAUUGAUGCUUAUGGCUGCUUAAAACUCAACAAAUUGCCAGAGAACUUAAUACAUUUGAAGACACUCAACGUAAGAGAAACUGCCAUAAGUCAACUGCCAUCCUGUAUUCCAAGUUGGAAGGGAAUUGAAUUUUUAGAUUGCCCUAAUUGUCGAGGUUUGAUAUUGCCUCAAUUGUCAUCUUUAUGCUCCUUAGAGACGUUAUAUUUACCUUUCUGCAAUCAAACAGAAAUCCCUGAUGAUCUUUGCAAUUUGACCUCAUUGGAAACAUUAGAUCUAAGCGGAAACAAUUUCAAGAAUCUACCAUUAGGUAUCAAACAACUUUCCCACUUGAAUGCCCUAUAUUUAGGCAAUUGCAAUAUGCUUCAAUCAGUACCGGAGCUUCCAUUCUCUCUGAUAUUUUUAGAAGCAAACAAUUGCAAGAUGCUCUACUCAUUACCAGAGCCUCCCUCAAGUCUUAAUGAAUUAGAUGCACCGGAAUCGGAAAUUUCAAGGACGACAAUUGAAUUCAUAUUCACAAACUGUCUGAGUCUGAAUCAGAAAGUAUACAAUAACAUUUUAGAGAAUAUAGCAUCACUGAGACUUUGUUAUGAAAAGUUAUAUAAACAAACGCCUAAAAUCAGCUAUUGUAUACCUGGGAGUGAAAUUCCCAACUGGUUCAGUUUUCAAAGCUCGGGAUCUUCAAUAAUUAUUGAACUUCCACAGCAUUUGAGUAACAAAAGCUUCAUGGGAGUUGCUAUAUGUGCUGUUAUUGCUUUUGAGGAACCAUAGUAUGGAGAUGAUCUUGAAGUAAGUUGCGUUUACCAUUGUGACACUGAUUAUGCUUAUGAGAAUUACUUCUACUGGCAUUUGAGCGCUAGGGGCAUGAAUAAGAUGCUGAUUGAGUCAGAUCACAUGGUAGUAGGGUAUAUACCUUAUUCUAGGCUAAUUAAUGGUCGCCAAACAGCCUCAUUUAAGUUCAGUGCAAGCAAUUAUUUCAGGGACAUUUCCAUGGAAGGCUGCAAGGUGAAAUGUUGUGGGGUUUAUCCACUAUACAUACAGCCAAACAUGUCGCAACCCUACAUUUCUAUGGAGAAAUUUGCUGCCACCAGUGAAUGUUUAGCGGAAAUAAGUGGAAGAGCGAUAUCUGAUGAAGAGGAAGUGCAACCACAUCUUAAUAGAAUUUGCAGAAAACAAAUCAACACUCCUUAAUAACAAAUUUCCUUUCUUCCGUAUCAUUCAACUUUGUUUGGUUGUUUGCUUCUUCACUGGAGCUAUUAUGGUUUCUCUGUCAAAUUUAAUGGUAAUUUGCUUGUCACUACUUUCAAGUUCUGUUUUUGACAUAUGAUGAUAUAACCGCAAGUUCAAGAAUGAUUAU